GGAGGUGGCUCAGGCAUGUGGUUACAAUACCUCAUGGAUGUCUUUUUGGUGAGGGAUUCCAGGAACAUUCCACCAGGAGGAGACCCAGAGGAAGAACCUGGAGGGACUACAUUUCUCGACUGGCCUUGGAAUACCUUGGGAAUCUCCUGGAAAAGACGGCAGAUCAGCUGGAAAGCUCAUUUUGCUGACAACAAGGAGGACAGCUCACGCCCACAAUCACUCGGGAGAAACUUUGGGAGCUACUCAAGAACGAGCAGGAAGCAUCUCACCAUGUGCAGAGGACUUGAAUCGCUGCCCAUCACCUGCCUGGAGAGGGCGAAGGAGCUGAAGGCGUUGUUUGGAAGUUUGCUGCAGAGAUCAGAGCACAGCCUCACAGGGCAGGCCAAGAAAAGUGACAAGCAGAGAUUACAUGAAGUCAAUGAGCCUCUGAAAUGGAAGGAGUCAUUUGACAAUCUGCUGUCCAGUCAAAAUGGACUGUGUGUGUUCAGAGCGUUCCUGGUGUCAGAGUUCAGCGAGGAGAACAUCGCCUUUUACUUGGCCUGUGAGGACUACCGGACAAGCAAACCAUCCAAGCUGGCCACCAAGGCCAAGAAGAUCUACGAGGAGUUUGUCUGCUCCGACGCUCCACGAGAGGUAAACCUCGACCACGCCACCAAAGAAGUCACCAGGGAGAACAUGAUGCGGCCCAGUCAGUCGUGUUUCGAUCAGGCUCGGGACAAAAUCUACACGUUGAUGGAGAAAGACUGCUAUCCUCGCUUCCUCAGGUCCUCGGCAUACCUGGAGCUGACCAGAGAGACCAAGACGGGCUAAGAGACUUUUCUUUUUUAAAAGCACAAACAACAACAA